UCGGCUGUUGUGUGUAAAAACUCAAUUUGGGCGAUCAUUAUUUACUUCCUUUAAACAUUAUUAUGUGCCAAAGGUCACAAUUGUAACUCGCCAAAGUUCUUUCCGGUUAAGCUCGAACAGCAACUGAGUGUAGGUCGAUCAGUAAACCGUACGAUAGAUUUCAAACAGUAUGCUGCUCUUAGGACUGUUGUUGGUUUUAGGGUGUGCAACUUUGGUGAUGUUGCUCUUCAUAUAUUUAACAUCUGAAACAUAUGCAAAGGUUAUUAGAUUCAAGGAAGAAAAAUUCUUUUUGGAUCCAAAUACUGCUGAAAAGCAGAGGUUUCCUUCAAUUGAAGAUGAAUCUACCAUUUGGCUUUCCGUAAUUGUACCGGCCUACAAUGAAGAAAAACGAUUACCUGUGAUGCUAGAUGAGUGCCUCGAUUACCUUGAAAAGAAGCUGAAAAGUAAUCCAAGCUGCACAUAUGAAGUUCUUAUUGUAGAUGAUGGAAGCACUGAUAAUACUACAGAACUUGGCCUUGGUUAUUCUAAAACAUUUGGUUCUGAUAAAGUUAGAGUGCUGACAUUAUCAAACAACCGUGGGAAAGGUGGUGCUGUACGACUGGGAAUGCUUAGCGCUAGGGGAGAACAGCUAUUAUUCGCCGAUGCCGAUGGAGCAACAACAUUUGAGGAUAUAUCUAAGCUUCAAAACAAUUUGAAAGAACUUGUUAAAGGUUAUUUGGAAAAAAACUAUAUUUUGGAUGCUAGUACUAUAAGGAAAUUUUCAAAUUCAGGUCAGCCCAUAGAUAAGGCACUAGGUCUUGUCUGCGGAUCUCGUGCUCAUCUAGAAAAAGAAGCUAUUGCCUCUCGUUCUUUCUUUAGAACUGUCCUAAUGAAAGGAUUUCAUCUAUUGGUUUGGUUGUUUGCCGCCCGAUCGGUGCGAGACACGCAAUGUGGUUUUAAACUGCUUACGAGACCAACUGCCAGGUUAUGCUUUCCGAAUCUUCACAUUGAGCGAUGGGCUUUUGAUGUUGAACUUAUAUACAUAGCAGAGUACAUGAAGAUACCGACGGGUGAAGUUUCAGUUAGAUGGAUGGAAAUUGAAGGCAAGUUCAUUUCCUACAAUAUAUCAUAACCACAGUUUCCUACUAUAGAUUAAGUUCAAAAAUUGUUCCUGUAUGGAGCUGGCUUCAGAUGGGUCGAGACUUGAUCCUGAUGUGGCUGCGGUAUUCCACAGGAGCUUGGAAAGUUAACAUGCGUCCUCUAACUUCUAAAAUGGAAUAAAGUUCGUUGUUGUACAAUGAAA